AUGACAAAUCGUCUACAGGAAUUACUGAUUAAUGUUCAAAAUCCAGAACUUGUAGGUGAAGCACAGUUUGAACUUUUAGAAUUGAUUAAAGCUCCUGAAGUUUUCAAAGAAUUAUUCAAUAUUUUGAAUUCAAAUCAGUCAGAAUCACUCAGAAGUUCUGCUCUUGCUCACAUAUUGCGUGCAGUUGAGAUCCAAGAUGCAUUUCAAAACCCAGAAUUGCUCGCACCACUGAAAUCUCAUCUCCUUCAAUUUGCUUUUACACAUCAACCUCAGAAAUUCAUUGAUUGCACAGCAGGACUUAUCGGUGAUAUUGUUGAAGCAACAGGAAUUGAUAAUUGGCAAGAAUUAAUCCCAGCCACACUUCAUGCCAUCGAAGCUACAGAAACAAUAGCCAAUUCUAUCGCUGUCUUAUCAAAUAUCGUCAAAUAUUUCUCAGUAGAAGCCAAAACACAAAGUGUCGAAAAAUUACUUGAAAUCAUUGAUGCUGGCAUUGCAUACAAUGCAUGGCCAGUUCGUGCUUCCUCGUUCGAGUUACUCUCAUCAAUUGUCGACGUUUUGAUUGACAAAAUCGAUAUAACUCCUCAUAUCGCUCCAGUCAUGGAAUAUCCUUACGAUGCUUCAGUAUUCCAGGUCCAGGCCACUAAAGAUUCAUUGGACCGUAUCUGGGUCAUCGUUGGCGAGUUAAUUGGCAAAGAUCUUAUUUCCGAAGAACUUCUUGCCCAAAUCUACAAUCGACUGAUCGAAAUUGGCUCCAACAACAGAAUAGAUACAUACGACCGCGCUCUUAUCUUGAACGCAAUGCUUGGUCUCAUUACAAAACUAUCUGACGAACAAUUAGCCCAAGUUUUCGAUUUACAGUUCCUCCUUGGCCCAGAAAUCAUCAAAACUGGCACAGAGUUCUUAUACGACAUCAUCCAAACAGCUCUUACCGAUUACGAUUUGUCAAUUGUUUAUGCUUUACUCAAAGCACGCGUUGAAAGCUCUUUUGAGCAAGAAGAUGAAGCAUUACAUGCAUUCUCGAUCUUAGUUCUUGCCAAUGCUGUUGUCUACGCCCCAGAAGUUUUGAUUGCAGAUACAGAUUUUCUGACACAGACAAUAAAUGCAGCAUUUGAUACCAAGAGCACAUUAAUCCUUGAGUCCGUAUGUUAUUUCCUCGAUUCCCUUGACGAAACCUUCACUUCCACGUCAAAUCUCGUUUCAGAAUGGUUGAUGAAACUUGUUCCAUUACUUGUAUCCGAAUCCUCCAAUCUCAGGACUAUGGCGUACUCCGCAACGCAUUGCUUAUGCGAUAUCCUUGAUUCCAUGUGCCCUCAAUGGUUCUCAGCCAUUUGGGAUAUAAGGGAAUCAAUCACUCAAGAUGAUUUCGAUGAUUACGCGUCACUUUUAGCCGAAGGAAUCAACCGCACUGAAUUAAGUGACAGCGAAUUAACUCUUGUCAUUGAAUACGUACAAAAGUUCUUUACAGAGAAUUCAAGUAUUUAUGAAUCUGCUCCUGCAUUAAUUAUUAUUUCUUCGAUAUUGAAGAAAGAAAUGUCAAUUGCAGGCGAAUUAUUACCUCCUGCGAUGAAUGUAACAAUGGCAGCACUGAAGCAUCCGAAUGGUUCAGUUAAAACCAAUGCAAUUGACUAUCUUGGAGACAUAUUCCCAUCAUUCAAAUCCGAAAUCACAGAGAAUUAUUCACAAAUCAUUGAAAAAGUGAGAGAAAUUGCUUAUUCAAUUUGUGAGAAAGGAAAAGAAGAAUUGGAAGAAGACCAAAACGAGGAAGAAGAAGAAGAUAUCGGUGAACAAUCAUUAAAUGUAAAUAGAGUUCAAGUUGCUGCUAUUGGAACAUUAGCAAUGAUUACAAAACACAAUAAAUCAGCGGAAUAUGCAAAAAUCCUUCAGGAAUGUAUAUUAGCAGGAAUUACACAACGUGAAGAAUUCGAAGAUUACACAAUUUUGUUUACUGCAGCAGCAGAAAUUGUUAAGUUACUUGAUGCAUUCGAUCUUGACCAAUUAUUUGUUAAUUUACACAGCCAAUUAUGCGAAGACACAAAUCCAAGAUUUGUUGCUGAUGCAAUGGUUCCUUACGCGAAGAUAAUAAGACAUUGCGGUGAAGAACAAAAGGAGAAAUACAUUGAAUCCGCAUUUGAAUUCAUCAAACUUUUCUUUGAUGGACAAAUCAAAUGUUUGGGAGGAAUUUCUCCUUUGGAAGGACGCUGCGACUAUUUCCUUAUGACUAAUGUUGCUGACGUCAUAAUAUCCAUUGUUAGAACACCAAGUGGAUAUGUUGAUGAACUCUGCAAAGUAAUGAUUGAAAUCAUCAAAGACUUUGAAAAUCAACCUGCUUAUUCAUUUUUGGCUGCUUAUUCUGAUGCGAUUGAAUAUAAUACAUGUUCUGAAGAAUCUAUCAACAAUUUGUUCGAAAUUCUUCCGGACAUUAUUAAAGAAACAAGGGAUCCAAACAUGCAACAGAACAUUUGUUUCUUGUUUAAUGUCGUUCUCCAGAAAAACAAUGACCAAGUUGCCGCUGUUUUGGAGUACAAAGAAAUUAUGUUGGAUUGGUUCAAUGUCGCAAGGGAACAAGAAAGUGGCUAUGAAUCAUUGUUGUCUAACAUAGCUUCUAUGUUCUUAACAAUAUUCGCGUUGACGAAUUUGAACAGCGAUAGAGAUGUGUUCGCUGCUUCUUUGGAACAAUUCCCUCCUUAUGAUACAACAGAAACAGAAAAAAUGGCAGCAAAUUUGGUUAGAAUUUUGACAAGAAAUGGCAAAAAUUUGGAUAUAGAAACAUUGUUGGCUUGUGAUCUCGCUAUUGCUAGAUUGUUAUUAUUACCUGAUAACGAACUAUUAGAUAGAAAGAUUUCACAAUCUACACUGGAUCAAAUUAGACAAUCAUUCAUUAGUUUGACAAAUGAACAAUUAUGGAAUUUCUUAGUUGAAGUGUUCGGUAAGAAUGAAUCAAAGAUUGAAAAGCUUAGGCAGAUAUUGGGUAAGUAA